UCGUUUCAAACAGUUGUAGGCCUAAUCCUGACCUGGACCUCUUUCAGUCGGUCAUCAAUUUUCAAACAAGAAGUUUCAUUACAGUCUGCUUUCGUUUUAUUUUGUUUACAUAAAAUGGCAUCUAAAAGAAUUGUGAUACGACUGAUUAGUGUUUAUAUUUCUCUUUUUGUCUCUGAGCCUGAAGCAGCUGACCCCUUCUUGGCAUUCAGCAACACAGUUGAUAUUCGUCGGUUUGAUUUAGAUGGCACCAACUACAAGGUUGUUGCCUUUGACCUCAGCAAUGUCGUUGCCCUGGACUUUGACUUUUCAUCCAGUAACAUAUAUUGGUGUGAUGAUAUAUCUCAUAAAAUCCAGAGAACACAACUGACUGGUAGAAGAGCAGUGCGCGAUGUAGUUACCAGCAAUGUAGAGGAGCCAAGAGGUAUUGCUGUGGAUUGGGUUGGCAGGAAAAUUUAUUGGACAGAUACUGCUAGAGGUGUAAUUGAAAGCGUUGAUCUUAAUGGAGAAAACCGUACAGCAGUGAUAACUGAACAUGUGACUAAACCACAUGCUAUCGUGCUGCAUCCACAUGAAAAGCUAUUGUUCUUCAGUGACGUUAAUGAUGCCAAUCCAGCAAUACACAGGGCUAUGUUACCGGAUGGCUCUAACCAAGAAAUCAUUGUCAGCAACGACUUAAUCAGGCCAAAUGCACUUACAAUUGAUUAUGAGAAUAGCGUUACUGCAGUGCACUCAUCCAAACAGCUCCAAGAAGAAGAUGUCAACUACUGCUCAGCUAAUGAUGGUAACAACCCAUGUGGACACAUUUGCAUAGAUUUCUAUGGCAACUACCAGUGUGACUGUCUGCAUGGUUAUGAACUAGCAUCAGACCUCCACACAUGUGAAGAUAUCAACGAGUGUAGUCUUAACAAUGGAGGCUGUAUGCACCAUUGUGUGAAUAAGGAAGGUGGAUAUAGCUGUGAUUGUAUUGAAGGUUUUGAAAUUGCAAACGAUGGCAAGUCAUGUAUAGAUUCUGAUGAUUGCUACCUGAAUAAUGGAGGGUGUGAGUUUGGCUGUUUCAACACCGGAGUUUCCUACAUUUGCACAUGCCCCACUGGAUAUGAACUAGCAGAUGAUGGCCACAGCUGUAUUGACAUAGAUGAGUGCUUACAAAACACGUGUCCUGAGAGCAGCCAGUGUAUGAACAACAACGGAUCCUUUGUGUGUCUAUGUGAUGAUGGACUCUACUUUGAUGCUUUCCCAUUUGCGUGUAUAGAUGUUGAUGAAUGUGUUACGCAGAUGCAUGUGUGUAGUCAGCGAUGCGUGAACACACCUGGUAGCUACAGAUGUGAUUGCAAUUCUGGUUUUGAACUGCUUCCUGAUGACAUGACCUGCCUUGACAUUGAUGAAUGUACCAGGUCACAUGACUGUCAUCAUUCUUGUAUGAAUGUUGCAGGAUCUUAUUUAUGUUAUUGUGAAGUUGGCUAUACUUUGAACAAGAAUGGUAAGAACUGUACUGUAGAGUCUUGUGGUAUGCCAGAUGAUGUCCCAGGGUUCAUCCUUACAUGUCAAUCAUCCUAUUACCUAGCAACCUGCCAUGUGCAAUGUAUUCAAGGUAGCAUCCUUGGCUCACCUGUCAUCACCUGUCAAUCAGAUGGUAGGUGGUCACCUGUAGCAGCUGAGUGCCUAGCCUCUCCAGAUAUGCUAUCCAACUCUCCUCCAGCCGACGUCUGGCUAUCAUCAAACAGCGUACCUGAGGAUGCCUUUGCAGGUGAUAUCGUCGGCUACCUGCACACCUUCGAUCUAAAUCCCGAACAGAAUCAUGUUUAUGUUUUGGAUGAUGAUAUUUCUGGUAAAUUCUACAUUGAUAAUCAGUUACCUGGUCUUAGAACCCAUGGAAACCUAGAUUUUGAAGCUGUAUCAGCUCACACCAUAACUAUCACAUCGUCUGACAAUGGUGAUCCCCCUGCAUCAGCUUUGUUCAACCUCACAGUAAGCGUUUUAGACAUCAAUGAAGCUCCACACAGCAUUAUCCUCAAUAACACAGCAAUAGGUGAGCAUGCACAACAAGGGGCUGUUGUUGGAACCUUCAUGGUGUCUGAUCCCGAUCUCAGUCAAGAUCAUAUCUUUUCAUUGGUUACAUCAGGAGAAGGGCGAUUCAGAAUCAUGGAAAAUCAGUUAAUCGUUGAUAGCGCUCUGGAUUAUGAGGAAAGAACGCAAUAUGAUUUGCUGGUGCGUGUAUGGGAUAAUGGUGUUCCACCAAUUUCCCAUCAAGAUUAUGUCACGGUCAAAAUUUUAGAUGAAAACGAUUUACCUACUGGAAUUAUAUUAAUAGCGGAUGAUGUUGAAGAGUAUGUAAAUGGAGAUGACAUGUAUAAGAACAAGGUGAUCGGCACUUUAAUAACAACAGAUCCAGAUGCGACGGAUUUGCACGCGUAUCUGCGAGUGUAUGAUGAUACGCAUCACUGCUUUUUUCUUGACAUUCCUAACAUCCUUGUCGAUAGACCUGAAUGUUUUGAUUACGAAGUGCGGACACACAUCGGGAUCAUGCUGUUAGCGAGCGACUCCAAGCAUAAAGUGAUUUGGCAGUUUGUAAGCUUCAAUAUCGUUGAUGUGAACGAACCAAUAGAAGAUGUGAUGAUGUCAUCAAGUGUUGUUGUUGAGUAUUCACCCUUGGGGACUAUUAUUGGUGUUCUAUCAAUUCAGGAUCCAGACAGAACCGACGUGCAUACUAUCAAGAUUCUUCAUGGACCAACCUAUGUGGCAAUCUCAGAUCAAUCCUUAGUGGUUUCAGGUGAUGUUGAGUACACAAAUCGGAAUCCUUCAUUUGAGAUCACCGUUGAGGUCAUUGACCUGGCUCACCAUAGUUUCAAUAAAACGUUCACUGUUGAGAUUCUACCUGUCAACAACCCUCCAAAUGAUGUCGUAAUUGGUCAAGCCUACCACAACUGUACUAAUAUUCAAGACAAUUGGUUAUGUAUUUCUGAAGAUAUGUCCCCCUUUUCACCUGUUGCUGAUUUGCAGGUGUCUGAUCUUGAUGGAGACAUCCUAAAUUGCGAGUUAAUUGCCGGCAGUGCUCAAAGGCUUUUUACAGUUGAUGCUAACUUUACCAUUUGGCUUGGUUCAGAGUCUCUAAACUAUGAGGAUAUUCCAUUUGGCCAUGUAUUUGUACUAUUUAUUAAGGUUGAAGAUGAGUUUGGACUCAGCACUCUCUCCGAAAUCCAUGUACAGGUACUUGAUGCAAAUGAUCCUCCAGAACGUGUCACUUUUUCAACUUUGACCUUUAGCUCUUCUGCUGCAAUAGGUGAAAGUAUCGCUAUAGCUACUUGUGUGGAUGAGGAUGUUGAUGAUGUGCAUUCCUUCUCACUACCAGAAAGUGAGGAAAGAUUCACUAUUAAUGGUAAUAGGCUUCAGGUUCAACAAGCAUUUGAUACAUCAUCUAACAUCAAUCAUCCUCUAACUAUCACCUGCUCUGAUGGUCAAGAGACAGUGACAUCGUCAUUCAUCCUCACGUCACUGAUGUCAGUUGGUGAUGCCACUGUCGAUGUUCACCUGGAUUCAACCUCAGUGCUCGAGAACCAGAAUCCUCUUACAAUAGUAGGUGUUGUGAGUGCUUCUGGUGGCAAGGAAUGCACAUUUACAGUCAUUGCUGAUUCAUCAAAUAAGUUUGGCUUGCGUAAUAAUAAUGAUGACAGAACCGCACACCUGUUUACCAUUGAGAUGUUAGAUCAUGAAGAGGCUAGCUCAUACUAUGUUACCAUACAGGCCACCUGCAAAGGUGCUGUCGGACUCAACACAUUUGAAAUAUUGGUGGUUGAUAUAAAUGAGCCUCCAUAUGAAAUUAAACUUCACCACCAGGCUGUGUAUGAAAAUCAAAUAGAUACGAUUGUCGGGAUAGUAACAGUCAUCGACCCUGAGGGUGAUGAACUCAUGAUACGUAUAGAGAAUGACCAGUUAUCACCAUUUAAGGUAGAGACAGAUGAUGCAAUCAAUACGUUCAAAGUCCUGACUGAUCAACCUUUGAACUUCGAACUUGGAGCCUCAGUAAUAGUAGACAUACAGGCAUAUGAACUCCAGGAUCCUAGCAUUGUGUCAGAAACAUUUUCAUUCAACAUCACAGUCAUUGACAUCAAUGAAGCCCCAACAGCUGUUGGGCUGAGUAGUAAGAGCAUUAAUGAGAACAGCCCAGAAAACUUUACUAUUGGUCACUUAAUAAUUGCUGAUCCAGAUAGUGUACACACCCAUCAGAGAUUCAUAUGUCAUUUGAUAAAUAAUGCUGGAGCAAGACUUGUGCUUGAUGCAGAUCUGAACCUGCAGGUUGCACAUGGAGCAUCUAUUGAUUAUGAAUCGUUACCUAACAAUAAGUCUCUGUAUAUUGAUGUGGUAUGCUAUGAUCAACAACAGUUGACAGUCUAUCAAUCAAUUUACAUUGAUGUGAUUGACAUUAAUGAGGCUCCAACGGACAUCAUUGCACAAUCUGACUACAGCAUCAAAGAAAACCAACCAGAAGGAAGUGUUGUAACUAGACUCCAGUCUCUUGACCAGGAUCAAGAUGAUGUUGUACGGUUGAGUGUAAUUGACAACAAUUUCUUUCAUGUUUCUGGCAACCAGUUGGUUGCUAGCAUGAUGUUAAACUAUGAAGCAGCCCAUCAACAUGUAGUCACUUUGCUAGCAGAGGACAGAUCUGGACUUACAUUCACAAAGGAUGUGAUCAUUGAUGUCUUGAACCAAAAUGACCCUCCAACAGAGGUAAAGCUUCCACUUGGUUCCAGUGUUCCUGAACACUGCCCUCAAGGAACAUUAGUGGGUCAACUUGCGACUACAGACCAGGACGUACAUCAGAAUCACACAUACAGGAUCCAAUAUCAGAACCCUGCAGGUGUCUUGGUCCUGGUCAACAACAGUUACCUUGUUGUGGCUGAAGGAAUGGCGGUUGAUUAUGAAUCCAUGCCUGUGGUGGAGAUCAUUGUCGUUGUCUUUGAUUAUGAACUUGAAACUUCUCUAAGCCAUGUGCAAAACUUGAGAAUUCCUGUUCUAGAUAUUAAUGAGCCCCCUCUUGCAAUUAGUCUGGAUUCCUUGGAGGUCAAUGAGAACUCACCAAGAGGCACUUGGAUAAGUCAGGUGAUAAUCAGUGAUCCAGACACCUUCCCUCAAGCAUUCUUUUGUACUCUGCUCAAUGAUGCUAAUGGUGCUUUUGAGAUUGGACCUCAAGAAGAUAAUAUUGUCCUUGAAGUUGGGAACAGCAAUAUGUUUAACUAUGAGAAGUCAGAUCAUCUGGUUCUUAGUCUGCGAUGCCGUGACCCAGACCUCAACGUGGUCCAAGAAACCUUUGUGAUUAAUGUAAUUGAUGUCAAUGAUCCACCACAAGAGAUCUUAUUCACUGAUGUUGAAGAUGGAACAAUAAUUACGUCAGUAUCAGAAGUUGACUUUUCAUGGAUUCAAGUGGACUCAAGCAUAUUGACACAGUCCACUGUGAUCAUAGAAGAGUCAUCCAUUCCAUCUCUUGGUGUGGUGGCAGUUGUUGCGGUGCUGGAUGAAGACGAAGGUGGUGGUGAUGAUGUUCUCCUAGAGCUUAUUUCUGAAAAUGCUUUUAUUGAAUAUCAGAGCACUGGACGUACUAUGCGAGAUAUUGAGACACGGUCAAAGAGAUCAAUGGAAGAUGAUAUCCCCUCUGAAUUUAUGGUAUAUACUCCAGCCAACAGCAUCAUUGUGAAGGAGGCAUUAGACUUUGAAAGACGAAGUGAAUACAUGCUCUAUUUAAAAGCAUCAUCCAUUGAAGAUUCCAAUAUGUUUGUUCUGUCAUCUUUGCGAGUGCUAAUUGCGGAUGUUGAUGAAGCACCAACAAACAUUAGUCUCUCAAAGUUAACCGUUGAUGAAAACUCACAUCCUGACACAUUGGUUGGGAUUUUUAAUGUAACAGAUCCAGACUCUGGACCAGCUGAUUAUGCGUACAUGCUUUUGUCCCAGGCUGCCCCAUUCUAUAUCCAAGGCAACAAGCUAUAUGUGUUACAUAAUAUCGACUAUGAGCUAAGUCAUGUGAUUACAAUCCAGGUCAAAGUUGAACAAGUUGGAUCAGGUCUUAUCUUGAUCAGAAACAUCGAUAUAAAAAUAGUGAACAUCAAUGAACCACCAACAGGUUUGACAUUAGAUGGAGAAAAAAUUGUGAACGUUCAAGAAACUUUAACAAUUGGUUCAGUUGUGGGCAUGCUGCAGGCGGACGAUCCUGAACUUGAUAUUCUCAGUUUUACUAUAACAGAUCAUGUGAGUGACAACAAUGUUUUUGUUAUCCAUGGGGAUAUGUUGAUAACUGCAUCGGAGCUGAAUGCCUGGGAACAAGACAGCUAUGCUCUCCAUAUUGUUGCUAAGGAUCCCAGUGGUCUUACCCUGCACGAUAUAAUUCUUAUUAAAGUUGAUGAGGUUAAUCAGUGCGAUGCAGAGUACAGUUUCUGCAGCAGGCAUGCUACAUGCUUGCAUAACAGAUGUAAAUGUACUGCUGGCUUUACAGGUAAUGGGUCAGUUUGCAUUGAUAUUGAUGAGUGCCUUGAAGAUCCAUGCCAUCCCCACAACUCUAAUGGAAUGUGCCAGAAUGGUAUAGGUGGAGUAAGGAACUUCACAUGUGACUGCAAGGAAGGAUGGGCGGAGCCCGACUGUACUGUCCCAGUAGAUGCAUGUGCGGAAUGCAAUGUACAAGGAACAUCUCUGUGCAUCAACCAAAAAGAUGGAUUUGCAUGUCGCUGCAAGGAAGGAUUCAUUGGUCAAUUGUGUGAUGUCGUCAUUGAUGAAUGCACCAUUGAGAAGUGUCUAAAUAAUGGGACAUGUGUGAGUGGUUCCACUGGGUACAAGUGUCUCUGUAAGGAACCAUUUGGUGGUGUGAACUGUGACACGGAUUAUUCCAUUUGUUCAAAUGUGACCUGCAGUCAUGACGGCGUCUGUAUUCCCAACACGUUCUUUGGCAGCUAUGCGUGUCGUUGUAUUGAACCUUCUGCUGCUGAUUGCAAUGGGUGUUCAUAUGGAUAUGGAGGCGAUGACUGCAGACCCUGUAUACCACCUUGGACAGGGAGGAACUGUGAAAUUGAUGGUAGUGUUUGCACACCGAAUCCAUGCCAGUAUGGGGGAGUGUGUGUGCCUUAUGAUGACACUACACAUGCAUGUAUCUGCCCUUACAACUUUUCAAUGAGGGAUAUCCUCAGUAGCAGAUCCACUGGGAGUAGUUGUUCGGAUAAUCCUCCUCUGGAACUCAUGUGGAGGGGGAUGGAUGAGGAUGUGAAGUGA